AAAUCUGAGGCAUAACCUGUCAUUUUCGUUUAUUGAAUGAGUGAUAAAUGUCAUAUCGGGGAGCAAAUGAGAUUAAAAUAUUUCGCUGUUGAUCUAUGGCAGCUAUUGAUAAAGUCAAGAUUAUCGUCGUUGGAGACUCAGGGGUGGGAAAGACCUCUCUCACGCAUUUGAUAUGUGAGCAACAAACCAUCAACAAUCCCUCCUGGACCGUUGGCUGCUCCGUGGAAGUGAAAUUACACGAAUUCAAGGAGGGAACCCCGAAUCAAAAGAGAUACUUCAUUGAACUCUGGGACAUUGGGGGCAGCCAGAGUCACAAAAAUACCAGACAUGUUUUUUAUAAUCCCACAAAUGGAAUUAUUCUGGUGCACGAUCUGUCGAACAGAAAGUCCCAGCAAAAUCUACAGAAGUGGCUGGAAGAAGUCCUGAGUAGAGAUGGAAACAGCGGAAGGUCUAGAUCCUUUGAUGAUUUUGAUCCAGAAAAGUUUGUGGGUUUAACACAAAUUCCUAUUUUGGUAGUUGGAACGAAACUGGACUUGGUACCAUCAAAAUCUAAUUUACACAGGCGUUCGUCAACGAUUGCCGAGGAGUGUGGAGCCGAUGAAAUUUUCUUGGACUGCAGUCAAGUGCGAUCGCUGGCCGCAGGUACGACAUCAUCAGUAAAACUCAGCAGAUUCUUCGAUAAAGUGAUCGAGAGGCGUUACUACGCAAAUCGCGAGGUCAUAAGUCCGGAUAAGAGGAGACAGCCCGUUUAUGCCUCCUCAUACAGCCCUAAACUCUACCACAGAGACUAAACCACUACCACUAAGACAGUUCCCCAGGAACUGGACUAACAAGAAGCAUAAUGAUGUGAUAUAUCAAGGCCUUCUCUCUUCACUGGGCCUCUGAGUAUCCUUGCAUUAUCACUCACCAUUGAGAUGAUCAUUUUAUGGAUAAAACAUUCCUCUUUCUGAAUCGAAAUACAUGAAAAAUAUAUUUGUAACAUUGCA